GUCGAAAACUUCCGGGAUACGGUGGUAAUAUGGCGGCGCCCAUAUCCUUACAUCUGGAAUUCGGCAUCCUGCUUUUCCUCCCGCAUUGGGGUCACAAUGGAGAUUAUUGCUUAGCUGGCCAAAGGGGAUUGAUCUCCCCGUCUGACCCUGGGGGUCUCUCCUGAAUGCAGGCGAUUUACUCCGUACGUCCAAGACGGACCAGGGGGCGAGGGGGUGGACCUGCAGGCCGGGACGUUGGACUGCACAUCAAACAUUCCUGGGGGAUCCGGUCACGGAGAGGUGGCGCGGAGCUGCUGUUUGAUGGGGUGAAGAAUCACCACGUGACGCUGCCGAGCCAGUCUGAGCCCUGUCAUGCCGAGCUCAGGCAGAAAGAAGACGGGAAGAGACAGGUUCCUGCGGAGCCCGGAACGGAGGACUCAGGGUUAACAACAUUAUUAGGGAACAUGAAGCAGUUACUCCUGUGGAUCAAGGGAAACCUGUUGAAAGAGAGGCCUGAACUCUUCAUACAAGGGGAUACAGUGAGACCUGGCAUUCUGGUGCUCAUUAACGAUGCAGAUUGGGAACUGAUGGGUGAGAUGGAUUACAGACUUCAGCACCAGGAUAAUGUGGUGUUCAUAUCCACACUGCACGGGGGUUAGGAGAGACCCGCAGAGUUGGAGCACAAAGGAUUCCUGACCCAUUCGCCAGGCGGCUAGGCAUCUCUGUGCUUUUGUGUCAAACUAAACGGGCACUUUCCUCAGGAAAGACCCUCUCCCUUUAAAGAGCACUGUGGCCUUGCUUGUUAAAUACAUGAGUGAUUUAACCCACUAAACGGCUGGAUUAGGGGGGGGGACAUUUUGGGAAAUUCGUUCGGAGAGUACUGUAGGAUUAAAGGAAAGUAUCCCCAUAUUGUGAUCUUUAAAUCGAGUAACCCACCCCCUCCUCCCCCAGUGUUAAAGAACUAGUUUUCUAUAGGAUCUUCCUGUACUGCAGAAAUUUGGGAGAGUUCACUGUAGGGUGACACCUGCAUCAUCAUCCUCGAAAUGUAAUAUUGUUCUAGAUUUUUGGCACAGGAAAUUCUCUGUCUGCCUGAAAAAAAUCGGUUUGGUAACAUCUCGAUUUUUUAUGUUUGUACAACUAUGUGACACAGUCGAUACAAAUGGGCAUCAUUAAAUAAUAAUUUAAUGUGUGUUAACAGGUUUUUCCUCUAAUGCUGUUUACAGUGUGCAUGAAAGAAGCUAUGUAAUAUCUUUAGUACCCUAUUUAAACCUAAACACUUAAAUUACUCUUUUCUAUUAGUAAAUUACAUUUGGGGAAAAAAAACUAUUUUUCCGUUGUUGUUUAAUUAGUAAACUGGAGUGUUCACCUUAGAGAGUGUUUCCUUUCGAAUUCCCUAUUUUAAAUACAUGUAGAAAAAUAGUCAUCCUUACUACAGGAAGUGUACCAGCGCAGAAAAGUCAGGCGACUCUGUUUUGGGUUUCUGUCGGUAUCUGACCCGGUCCUUUGAAAGUUUCAAAUAUAACCAAAAUAAAUGAAACGGGAUGUGAAAUAAAUAAGAGCAGAGCACACGUUAUAUACACCCUGUAAUACGAAUUCUAUCAAUAAGCAUGCAGCCUUGCGAGCGCAGUGCUAACUGAAGGACAUGAAUGAAUUGUGGAUAUGUAUGUAUUUUAUCAGACGAAAUUUCACAAGUCUGUCCAGCUCGCGGUGGCUUGUCUUAUUUUAAUAAAGCGUCUGUGACAAA